AUGUCUUUGAUAAACGAACCUGCUAAUGAUAUUCCUUCUUCCGCAGCUUCCACGCACAACCUCACCCUGACCCGCACUGCCACAGAGGUCGUCGAGUUGCACGUCAAGCUUGCAGACUCCGUCCCAGGCACCAGGCUUCCCAAGUUGCCCAUAGACUCGGCGUCCCAGCCCAUCAAGCGGAAUAUCUUUCUCAACACGCUGUCCCGCCUUGCCUCACCAAGCAACAAAGUAGCGCGUACGGUAUCUACACGCAUCGCCAGCGCCAGUUCCAUCACUCCUAUCGUUUCACCCACGCACGAGAUUGGCGACCCCUUUACAGAAGCGGGCACCACAGGUUCAGGGGGCAACGUAGUCACGAGCCUUGCUGCAUAUCUCACCACUAUCUCAAAUGAACCGACGUUCCGACAGGCCCGCGCAUGGAAGCGUUUUGUACGUGUGCGCACCGAUGACCUCGAAAGCGUGCGUGUAGAGCGCGCAAUCAAGCGUGUGCGUUCUGAUCUGGCAGCGCAUGGGAGCUCCAAUGUUACCACAAAUGUCAGCUCAGGCAGCGUCAGCGAAAUCGAGGUAGAUGGUGUCAACGGUACUGCGAGUGAAGUCAAUCUGAACGAUUUCGCUGUCGGUGACUUGAGAGAGGAGGGGAUUAAAGAGGAAGAAGAGGAUGCAGAGUCUACUCCUGUUGAGGUGGAGGGUCUAGUUCCUCUUGCGGAUGAGGCUCCUCUUACAGAAGCGCCUGAGGACAUCGUCGUUGUGGAUGAAGCAGUUCCUGCACCCAUAGAGGCAGAACUCACACCUCCUAACGCAACUGAUGAGGAAGAGACAGUUGUCUCUACGCCUGUUGCAGAGGUCCAAGCUUCCCGGAUACUUCGCUCCCACUCUGCCGAUCCCGAUAAAGCCAGUCGUCUGUCGCGAGUAUACACCUCCUCGACACUGCAGGAUGGCACAAGUUCCCAGACGGGCGAUGACUCUUCGAUCAGCACCAACACUGGGCGGCGCAAGAAACGCACCAAGUCGGCUGACCCAAACAAGGAACCCAAGAAGCGCUCAAAGCGCAAAGUUGUCAUUGAUGACUUUGAGAUGAUGCGUGUCCUUGGAAAGGGGUGUGCAGGCAAGGUCUUACUUGUGAGACACAAGACGAGCUCGGAUCUGUAUGCCCUGAAGGCAAUCACGAAGCGUCAUGUGUUGGCGCAUCAGGAGUUGCAGCACACGUUAACCGAACAAGCCGUACUCAAACGGAUGGCAGCAGAGUCGAAAGACCCAUUUGUUGUCAAGCUGUGGUGGAGUUUUCAUGAUAAGGAGAAUCUGUUUUUAGUCAUGGACUUCCACCCAGGCGGUGAUCUUGCCACGCAGCUUGCACGUUGGGGUAGGCUAGGUCGGGACCGUGCCCGAUUUUACGCCGCGGAGAUAGUCGAGGGUGUCGAGGGCCUACAUGCAGCCGGCGUCAUCUACCGCGAUCUCAAACCUGAAAACAUCCUUAUUGGUGCAGAUGGGCACAUCGUACUGACAGACUUUGGCCUCUCAAAAGAGUUCCCACGCCGUGUAGCCGCAACGACCGCGCCUCCUACCCCCACACGGGGUGAGUUCUAUUCAGCUCCGGGCAUCGAGCCUGCGACGCCGCCCUGGAUGAAGGGCGAGAAGAGCCAGGACCUUGUAGUGGGAUGGAAUGGGCAGACUGUUGGCCCUAUGGACACGACGACGACUUUUUGUGGCACAGCAGAGUAUUUGGCUCCAGAGGUGAUCCAAGGACUGCCAUACAGUUACGAGGUUGAUUGGUGGAGUUUUGGCACCAUGCUUUAUGAGAUGUUGACGGGAAUUACGCCAUUCUGGGCGAAUAACCACUCCGACAUGUAUGUCAGAGUCUUGCAGGACGAGCUGCAGUUUCCUGAGGACAGAGCGAUUGACCAAGAUACUAAGAGUUUGAUUAGAGGGCUCUUGCAACGAAAUCCUGCACUUAGGAUGUGCGAGCCGCGGAUCAAGCGGCACCCGUACUUCUCCAUGAUUGACUGGUCGCACGUGUAUUACAAGCGUUAUAUACCCCCCUAUAUCCCACCUAUUGAUCCAUCCAAUGCAAGUGAUACCCAGAACUUCGACGACACAUUCCUGGAUAUGGAACCAGUGAUUGACGACCCGAACGAUCAGGAACAGACUGAUACAGACCGUGACCAAACGGACGCCGAGCCUACAGAUGGGGAAGGCGAGGACUCAAACACGACGCCCUCACAUUCCCGUAGCCCAUCAGUGCAUCCAAUUGACGAGAGUGUCGAUGUCUUUGACGGGUACUCGUUCAAGGGUCGGCAUUCUGUUAUCCUGGACGAUGAUGACGAUGAUGACGCAUCUGGAGAAUCUGAACGGGAAGAGACUGAUGAGGAAGAGAUACCAGAGAUUCUUGCAAAUGCUGCGGAUACCCCCAUACAACCGGAAGUCGAGGGGGUGUUACCUGUCGUUGAUGAAGUGACUCCAGAACCGAAGACUCCUGAAGCGAGACCACAAGUUCUGCCACCUAUCGCACCCUCAGAGCCGACAUCUGCUCCUCUCAAAGAAUCACCGUUGCCGACUACUCCCACGUCGCCGCCUCAGGAGAUUGUGCCUGUUCCACCAGCUAAGGAUGUCAAGGCGAAGGUCACAAAGCCAGCCGCCUCUCGACCGAGCACCCAUCGCACAACGCGCAAUCGCCGAGAGAAGUCUGGUGUCCCUGCGCUUGAUCGCUUCCUUUCCGAUGGCCCUGAUGAGGAAGAAGGUACGGAGAAGGAAGAGGAAGAGGACUGGGACUUCAUUGAAGCUGGAGAUGGCGAGGAUCGCAAUGGCACCAAGGGCACAAGCUUGUUUGCUCGGGGUGUCGUCGACCGGUACCGGUUGGCCGUAUUCCGCAAAGCAUCAACCCCUUCGCAGCGGAUGGGUGGACGCUCAUUUUCUGGCAUGUCUAAAGAGUCUGAUGUUCACGGUACCGACCCGGCAGAGUCACCUAGUCCAUCAGAGAAGCACCGUGGACGUGCACCUGCGCUGAAGUUCCGAAAAACACCCAGGCAGUUCCUUCGUGCAAAGUCUCCGCCAUCAUCAUUUUCCGCUAAGUCAGGUUCUACUGCAAAAACUCUCACUCCUUCCACAUCCGCCACGCUAUCAUCGGCAUCAAGUGGUGGCCUCCUAUCGCCUUCCGUUUCGGGCACGAGUUCAACAGCAAUGUCCCCGUCGCUCAAAUCGAAAGAAUCGGCGACUUCAGUCGGCGAAAGUUUAUCGUCGGAUCAGUCAAACGGUGACACGAUACCAGAAACCCUUCUUUCACCCGAAUCGACGAGGGGAGCCCCGGCCGCUCACACCGAGGAGCCCGAGAAGCUUAAGAACAAAAAGCUCAAGAAGUACAAAGAAGGAGCAGAGAAAAUGCUGUCACUCUUUGCUUCUCCUCGUCAAUGA